AUGGCUUCGCCAAAACCUGAAGAUGACAUUGUCAGCACGUCAAGAGUUAACAGCGGUACAAUGUCUGUCGAAGACGAAGAGGAUGUCUCUGCCAAGUUUAGAGCUAUUCGAGACGAUCUGCGAGCUUCCAAUCACGUAAACGUGGACAGCAUCCAGCAGGACUACGAUGUAGACAUUUUUACAACCCUCGAAAAAGAAGGCACACUAUUGCACAUGAUGAUUGACAGCCUGAAGCAUGAUUUCGCAAAAUACGAGCCGUUGGUCGAGACGCUCACGAGCAGAGAAAAAAUCAUUUAUGCCAAAAACUCUUAUCAAGAGACGGUCCUAUAUAAGGCAGUUCGAGAAGAGGCAUACCAUCUGGUCAGAUUCAUAUGCAGGAUGAACGGUCUGGACAUUGCCAACCUGCUUGCUUUACAAACUGGGGACCUAACCAAUUGCCUGCAUACGGCAAUCACAAACCGCAAAUUCGAUCCUGACGUUCUACGCCUGCUGAUAGACAAGGCAAACGACACCGCAUUGGCAGGGAGGGACAAGGAUGGCAGAACAGCAUUGCAUCUGGCUGUCGAAUACCGACGAUGUACGCCAGCCCGAGUACCUAUAGUCGAGGCUCUGAUCCAGAAGUUCGAUAAGGCCUUAGAGAUGGAGACCACAGCGGCAUCUAGAAGUCUGUCUCCAUAUAGAGUCCACAUGCUGUCAAGAGCAGCUAUACUCAGCAGACUCCAACAGUCUCGUCCUCAAUUGAGUGAGGCGUCUCGCUCCAGCAUGAGCGAGUUGCGAAAAGAGUUUGCAGAAGUCACUCUUAGAGAGCCGAACGCUGUGCCACAGAAACCAACGACGCCGUUGUUAAAUCACAACGCGAGACCUAGGCCCGAGUCGAAAGACGAUGGUGGUCGGGAAGGCAAGAGAGAUGCGCAAGCCCACAGACGGCACGAGAGGGAAGACGAGCGUCUCCGCAAGACCUUUGAGCAGGAACCUCAUUUCAAAAGGGGGAGUGAUUCUGUCCACUCUCUCGGGUUGGCGGCGCAAGAGUCGGAAGAGGGUCAUAGGCGUUCAAAAGACGAACCCCAAGCAACGACAGGAGCUGAACGAGAAGGCAACAGCACAAAGGUGCAGCAAGAUUUGACCACCGUACAAAAGGACAAGAAAGCUGCGGAUGAAAUUAGAGAGCUCAUGAGACUUCACUUUCUGCGCAGUAGAAAUGACGAGCAGUGUAUUAGGUUCUUAUACGGACCGAAACAAGACCGGGAGAUCUAUCUUAAUCUACUUGACCACACUUCACUGGAGCUCAGCCGCAAGAGCCUGGAAGACAGCCUGGGACAUUUGAAAUUUGACGAGAUUCUCCGAUGCGUCGCGCUGCCACGAAUGAUCCUCCACCCAGAUCCUGCGACUGCUUCAAGCUCUGUGUCGCGGAAAAAUGGUCGGUCAGAUGUCCUGCGCUUGUUUCAGUAUCUGAAGGAGGACAAAUCCUUGAAGGAGUCCAAGGAGACGCUUCCAGGGGUCAAGCGUGUGCUGCGUGUCAUUGUCGAGGACCUAUCAUCACCAUCGCACGCGGAUGAGGACAUUGAAGCAGCCUUAAAAGAUCUCCACGUCGAAGACCUCGACUGGAGAAAAUAUGACAUGUGCCCGAACACUAUCAAGACAGCCGCACCUGAGGCAAAACGGGUCUCUCUUUACUGGAGCGGCAGUAAUGCUGUUUUGAGGGGUUGGAGUGAGAACUGCACUGGCGGUGGACUGAACUCGAUGCAAAAUCUGAGGCAUGUCCGCCUCUACUACAACAUCGAGCAUGUGCUCGAGUCGAAGAUACGUGUCCGCGAAAAUGUCAAGGACUUCAAAGAGAGGCUGAUAGACAUCACUGUCGACGAAGAGGAGCAUCUGAUUCACGAACGUUGUGACCUUGGCCACGGCUCAGGCCUCGUCGGUCCUACCGAAGCCGAGAAAGCAGACAAAUGGUUGACACCAAUGGACUCGUUCGCCGACUUUAUCCAAAACGUUACACUACCUGCCAAAUUUGUCCUGGAAGAUGUCAUCGUGGGUCUGGUCGAUGAUGGCGUGAACCUGAACGAGCGAUCGCUACAAAGCAGGGUGAUCGAUGGCCGGAGCUUCGACGCAAACCUUGGAGAAGAGGAUUUGACAAGACCUUAUUACGGCUCUACCCACGGACAUGGCACAGCGAUGGCAAGUCUUAUAUGCCGUCUAUGUCCUCGCGCUAAGUUGUUCGUUACGAGGAUCGAGUCAAGCCCCGACGGUGAGAUUAGCGCAGAAAGUGCCGCGAAGGCUGUGCGUGCGACGAUAGAACAAGGGGUCCACAUCAUCUCAAUGUCAUGGACUAUCGAAAAGACGUCGGAGAAUGUGAAAGGUAUUGAGCAGCUCCAAGACGCAAUACUGGAGGCACGGAAGAAAGGCAUAUUGAUGUUUUGUGCUGCCAGUGACCAAGGCACGGAGAGAGAUGAUACAUACCCAGGAGCUUCCAGCACGACGGAGAUUUUCAAGAUCGGCGCAGCUCGAAAAUGGGGCAAUGCCUCCAAGAUGGUGGGCAACGGAAGUUCCAUAAGCUAUUUGUUCCCAGGGGAAAAGGUCGCUCCGCACCGACGAUCGAUCGACCUGCUCAAGAAUAUAACGUUAUCUGGCUCCUCCAUUGCAACGGCCAUAGCCUCUGGACUGGCGGCCAUGAUCCUGUUCUGCGUCCAAGUGGCUGCGGUGGAUCGAGAGACGGCCAAAAGGGGCACGGUAACACCCAGAGACUACGCUCAGGUCAAACGACAUGAUGGCAGGCGCAAGGCUUUCAACAACAUUGAAUCAAAUCCCGACACCUCGCCAAAGUACCUUGGAGUCUGGCGACUUUUCGAUAAAGCUUCACGCAAAGGCGAUACGAGGCAGAAUGAUGGAAAGAUUGAGGUGAUUGCGGAAGUUGCUGCUGCGUUGGUGAAAGGUACCAAGUUUGAGUAUGACUAG